AUGACGGCCGGCAGCGCCACGCAGCCGGGAUUCAAUCGGGUAUUAGACAAUUUGGCAAAGCGCCAGCUGCUACUGGAUUUCCAGUUUGGUACCGCAAGGGAAAGAUACGAGGCUAUUCGUAAUAUCGGGGCUGGAGCUUUUGGAAUUGUCUGCGAGGCGGUGGAGACCACUUCUGACACAAAGGUGGCGAUCAAAAAGAUCGGCCAUGCAUCAGCUACGCCGACGCUUGCAAGAAGGACGAUGCGUGAAAUCCGUGUAUUGCGUUAUAUUCGACAUGAUAACAUUGUUAGCUUGAAAGAUAUUUUCCGGACCCCUGGAAAUUUAGGAAUCAACGUUUAUUUGGUGAUGGAUUUGAUGGAAGGUUCGCUACAUCAUGUGAUACAUGGCGAUACACAACAAUUGGAGGAUGACCUUGUUGCUCAUUUCCUUUUCCAGCUACUACGAGGACUCCGGUACCUCCAUUCGGCCGGUAUCGCCCAUCGAGACCUAAAGCCAUCAAAUCUACUCGUCAAUUCAAAUUGCCAUUUGCGAAUCGCCGAUUUUGGCAUGGCGAAACUCGCGAUGCGGCAUGAAGUGGAUGAAUCCGAGGAGCACUGCUUCUAUAUGACCCAACAUGUUGCUACUUUGCCUUACAGAGCCCCUGAACUCCUCUACGUAAUGCCAGAGCAUUCCACAGCCGUCGAUAUGUGGGCCGUUGGCUGUAUCUUCGGUGAAAUGCUGCUGCGGCGAGAGCUUUUCCCUGGCCGAAGCGUCAGUGGACAAAUCAAGAUUAUCUUGACGAUGCUGGGCUCGCCUUCUGAAAGGCUUAUGAAUGAGAUUCGCUGCGAAAGGACGAAACGGCUGAUCGAAAGCACGGGUGAGCAGACGGGAAGGCCAUGGAAUGAGAUCUGCUGCACCCGCGAAAGAGACAUUACACAACAAAUUUUGGAUUUAUUAUCCAAACUUUGCGUGGUUGAUGCUGAUGAGCGCCUGGACGUCGAAGAAGCUAUUAGGCAUCCGUUUAUCGCCGAAUACUUUCCGAAUAUCGUCGCUGAAAGGAGCUGUCCCUUCAAGGUAAAAAUGGACAUGGCUGCCGUCGAGCAUCUUUCCCAUACAGAGCUAGCCGAGGUUCUAAUGAAAGAUAUUCGAAAUGCAGAAGAUACAGCUGAAACCCAAACCGUAUUCAGCGGUGGAUCUGAUGGACAGAAAGAUUCCAACGAAUGUUCCUUGGAAGAAUCCGAAGAAUCUGACACCCCCGAACUUGAAAGAACUAUUGUCGCU